AUGGAUGAGCUCAGGCCGAAUCUGGGUCUGCUCGGCGUCGGCCUGGUCGAGAACGACAGCUUUCAUCUGAAUCACAAUCAGGAGAAGAGGAAGUGCAGUAGCGCCAGCUCGAAUGAGCAGGACUUCGGCCUGUACGGGGUGCAUCAGGGCCUCGAGGCGAGCCCGCCGACGCCCGCCGCGACGCCCGGUAGAAGCAGCGUCGGGGCCACCACUGUCGGAGCCGAGGGCGCUUUCAAGAAGUUAAAGCCCGACCCCUGCGCCUCCAGUCCUCACAUCGGUCACACACCUACCACGGCUAGCUGUCCAACACCCGCCCGACGGCGACACAGGACUACCUUCACUCAGGAGCAGCUGGCGGAAUUGGAAUCGGCGUUUGCAAAAUCUCAUUAUCCGGACAUAUACUGCAGGGAGGAAUUGGCGAGGACCACCAAAUUGAACGAGGCCAGAAUUCAGGUUUGGUUCCAGAACAGAAGAGCGAAAUACCGGAAGCAGGAGAAGCAGCUGCAGAAAGCUCUGACACCAAUUCCCGCCUGCCAAGGUGCCAUGAUGAGGAAUAUCUAUCCUGGUGCUAGCAGAGGUUAUCAACCCUACCCCCAUCCUCACAACAGCAUAAAUGGCAUAAAUCGUUAUCCCCAGAUGGGCACGACGUCUUACCCGAGCAUGACCCAGCCGUUCUCCAUGUCGCAUUCAGCGUCGAAUAUGUCGGCCGUCACCGGCAUGCGACAAGAUGCAAUGGGAAUGUCGGCGGAGGACGAGUGGUACAACAAGAGCAUCUCGGCUCUGAGAAUGAACACAGCCCACCACCCGAAUCUGGCCGCGCCGAUGUUACAGUACCAGACAUAAUUGUAAACGGAGGCGAGAGGGCGACUCGAGGAUCUCGUCAGGAAUCCGAUGGCGUACCUAUGAUCGAGCCGAUCGGUGGAAGGAAAAACGGGAGCUGAGUGACGAACUCGACGAGGCCCGAUCGACGUUUUGCCGUUUCGCAGAAGGACGAAGAUGCAAGAGGAGAAAAAGUGAGAGGAAGGAAAGCAGAACCGUGGAUCGAUUUGCGUUAUCGCUAAUCGCCUCACGCGGCCGCGUCGACACCCCGAUUUUGCGACGCGUCCUCGAAUCUCGCUUGCGACAAGCAAGCAAGCAAGCAAGCAAAGAAGCAAGCGCUCGAUUCGCAACGGCAUACGCGAGGCACACACACAAACACACGCGCGCGCGCGGAAAAAGCUCUCAACCCGACCAUGUUCUCGCGUUCCGUCGUCGGAGGACAGGCCGAAUAUUAGAUCGAGCACGACACAGUUGAAGAUUAAAGCGCGAUGACGAAAUGGCGGGGCCGUUUAUCUCGAGCGUUUAUUCGGAACAUAAAUUUCAAAAGUUCAACGUCGCGCGCAACAUCGUUGCAGAAUAUCAAUUGGCACACCUAGAUCCUCGCCUGCGACUUCUCGCGUAAUUUCCGCGACUUAGGAUACAUUACGAUCGACACAAGGAUUGUCUCCGGCAUCGGGUAUCUUCCUCUCUUGACUGGAAAAUCUUCUCGCGAGACAUUUGUGAAGUAGAUCCUUUAUUCAAAAAAAAGGAUCAAAACAGUAUUUUGUCAAAGUGAAAUCCAUUAGUGAAAGAAGAAAUUCUGAUGUACGGGUAAAAAGCUUCAAUAAUAGGACAUUCCACAUCAAAGUGAACCAUCCAUUUUGAAAAAUGUUUGGGAUUUUGAUCAAGCUUACGGAUAUUGAAGGAUAUAAUUUGAGGAUAUAAUCUUUCGUGCACAGUCUUAUUCAUAGUCGAUAUUCAUAGUCGCAAAUAAUUUUCGAUCUUUGAUCGAAAGAAAAUCAUGAAUAAAUGUAUAAACAAAUCUAUAAUUAACUACGCUUUUAAUCAAAAAUUAAAAAUGAUUUACAACUGUACAAUGAAUAUGGCGUUAGACCGACAUUCAUGGUCAAUUAUUUGAUAAAUCGCAGUUUCAGUAAAACUUUAAUUAUUUAUCAAUCCAUAUUUAAUUUUAACAAAGUUUUCAUAUUCCUCAAAUUUUUUUUAUUCAUAAAAUUAAUUUAUGAAUUACUUAUUAUUUAAAACACAGAUCUGUGAAGUAUUAAUCCACAGAGUUGGAUAAUCUAUGAAUAUUAAUCUGUAAUUAAUUACGCUUUUAAUCAAAGAUUGAAAAUUAUUUACAACUAUGAAUACCGGCCUUAGAUUUUUUAUCCAACUGGUUAAGUAGCAAGGAGGACUAAGCUUUAUCAUUCAAUUAAUUUUCUCUAACUUUUUCGGGUGGAAUUAGUAAACUUAAUACUAUUUCCUAUAGAAAAAAAAUCUGUUUUUUCACGAUUCAAUUUUUAGUAACUCUCCAUUAUAAAUCUUGUUCAAGUGUUUGAAAUCUUUGAAAUUGCGCCAUAACUAAGAGCCAGUAUCAAUCUUCAUCCUGAAUCGCUUAAAUUAAAAUACUAUACGUCUAUCUUUAAUCGUGCAAAGCGCUUAUUAUAAUUCUGAUCAUACUUGAUAUUUUUUUUGUAAAUCCUACGCUCCUUUUUUCUUCCGUUUUCUCGAUCUAAUAACUUUGUUCUGGAAAGCAUGGCAAAAAUAUUGGCCAUUGGCUGCAGCAUAAUUUCAAACAGGAUUGAUAACGAAGAGUUACUCAAAAUUAAAUAUCAUCAUUCGUCACGUGAUGCACUUAUUUCAUUAACUUCAUUUUUCACUUGAAAAAAAUUGAGGAAGACAAAUGAACGACAAAUUGCAAAAAUUAUUCUCCUUGCGACUACCUAACCAACUGGACCAAGAGUCUAAGAUUUUGCACGAAAGAUUAUAUCCUCAAAUUCGUACCAAUCAGUCUUACAAUUAGUAAGAUUGAUUAAAAUCCAAAAUACCCAUUUUUCAAAAUGGGUGACUCACUUUUUGCCCUUAAUGGAACGAUUUUAACUCUUUUAUCCUUUCUUUAAAUUAAUUUUAAUUAAAUUAAACUUUAAUGAAGUUUAAUUUUGCUGUUCGACAACUGUUAUUUCGUGAAAUAACUCAUAAACCAAAGAGAGCCUCUCGUAAACAAAGGUUACGUUGAAUCAACGAAAGCUACUUUAACGUAACGCAGGAGGGAAGCGACUUAGAAUUUUGCCGUGUGAGAGUUCAUAUUUCUCAAUUAUAUCUUCUUUCUUAUCACGUGCGGGAGAAAAUGCGUGAUGCCCGAGACUUCCUCUGCAUGUCGGACAGUGAAGCUAUCCCGCGAUUACAGCGUGUACAGAAACGUAGAGCCGCGAGAUCGUCGUGUAUUUUCUACGUGUAGAAAAUUUUGUUUCCCCGCGACAUUGGUUCCUCGCGUUCGAGAGACGCGUCGCAUUGCAACAUAACGCACUCGUGCGCGCAGCAUUCCGUUAAAUCUCUUAACAACGAUACGUGCCACACCUUCGUUAAUCGGCGAGAGAGAGAGAGAGAGAGAGAGAGAGAGAGAGAGAGAGAGAGAGAGAGAGAGAGAGAGAGAAGGAGAGAAAGGAGAAAGAGAGGGCGGGGCGAGGGACGGUACUGUACAUAAGUGGGCGAAAGAGAAGAGAUAUAGAUACAUAAUAUAGAGAUUGCGUAAUCGGCAGAUACUCUAGCAUAUGCGAUUUUUCAAUGUCCUUUUAAAAGUGUAAGCAUACCCUUAGUGAAUGAUAUUAGGCAUUGAUUUGUGUGCUUAUGUUGACCACGAUUUUGGAUAAUCAGGGGGUGGCCGGAGGGAGACGCGCGUUGGAGGGUGAACGGUGAUAUCUGACAGUGUUUUGCGUUCGAAAUUUGAGGGGCGCCAGGGUUUUCCCCGUCGCGACGAGCGAGCGGAUCGCCGAAGCUCGACCCCUUUCGCGCGGAUCAGACGUCACGUCGUCAUCGUCGCACGCAAAUCGACGCGGCGUGCGCGCCGUGACAGCUUUAUAAAAGAAAUGACGGAAAAAGAAAAAAAAAAACAAAACGACGAUCUUGCGUUUCAUGCAAGUAUACGUGUCCGAUCUUCACAGAGCGUCACACGUGAGGGGCACCGGCUGAAGCUAAUAGAAAAAUGAUCGACGAUACGCGACAUCGGGAUGAGCAGAACACACAGAAGUCACAAUGAUAAAAAGUAUCCACUCGCUUGUUAUCGACGACAUAAUGAUGUCGUAACAUUUAUUGACUUCCCGGCAAACGAAAAUAAAUUCAAAUGAAUUGAAAAUUGCAAUUUAUUUUAAUUUAUCCGAGCUCGCGCUUUCAGAGUUUCAGAGUAUUUUUGGAUCCAAAUGGACUACUCAAAUGGAUUGAAAUACGAAAUGAGUUAUUCAUCAUGUUGAAUUCGGAUGUAUUCAUAUCCAUGUUAUAUUAUUUUAGGAUUCAGAAGGAUUUGAAAAAUCUGAAGCGCAAAUUCGAAAAUGUCGAAAUGAAUUGCGUUUCUAUCCACUUCAAUUCAUUUUCGUUUGCCGGGUGUGUUCUACUUGAAGCGUUGGCGACACGGCAUCCUUCAUACUUUUUAGAUUCCUGUCACCUUUUAGGGCGGGCGUGCGACGUGCGCAUGAGCGUGUCGAUCGGCAAGACAUUCGGAAUUGUCCGACAGAAUUUCUGCCGGACGGCUUAUGUAGAUUUGUGUGCGACGGCAUUGCGCGCUGAUUUCACACCGAGAAAAUAUCCCAGGCCCACAAACGACAGAUUGCAAGGGCGAACUCGUUACGGGCGAAGAGACGAGAUCUCGAACUUCGCUCACCAUUGCUUUUUCGCGAGUACCGAUCUCACGUGUCGAGAGGUGGUGGUGGUGCAUCGGCAUCGCGAUGAUUCUUCGAGAGAGAAUCUUGGACGAGAGAAGGCAAAGAGUAAAUUUUAUCGCGUCGCAAGAUGAAAAAUGUCUCGUCGAAAACGAUCAGACAAUUGACAAACGCCCAAGUAGUACGGUGAGUCGCAAUAACAUCAAAAUGAGAUUAAGAUGAAUCGUGAUUGAUCGAAGAGUGACUUUCAACAAUCAUUCUGGAUGCAUUUUGACGUCAUUUUGGUGUCACGCUGACUGUUCGUUCGACUCGGGCGCAGACGGGCCCACGAUCACGGGGAUAUCGCGGAGCCACCAGAGUUUUAACGAGAAAGAUGGGGGUCGCACUCUAUCUCAUCAAUAUCCCAGGAUUAAAUAUGUAAUUAUCGCUAACAGAUCGUAUCGUGUAACAAUGUUGUCCUCGUAAUAGUCGAACCGAUUGCAUCGACAGGCGAAUGAUUUCAGGCCGAAACGACUGCCAUCGCGGAAGCGCGGCACGGCCAGGCGACUGUGUAUUAUUGACGAGCUAAUUUGCGAGUGCCACGCAAACGAUGAAAAUCGGAUUGUCGAUGAGACGGUCGCCGAACGUAUAUUAUUCACUCUGUUGCCGCAAGCCGGUUAAUUAUUGCGAUCGUUCGUCGUCCGGAUGCUUUCCCGUGUAAAAGCAGAAUCGGAGCUUCCGUCGCUUGCGUAACCGUUUGCCCUUCGAGCUUCGACAAAAUUCUCCAUUAAUUUUAUAAUCUAAUAAUAUUAUCACGAGUGCAUGCGAUGGAUUUUAUAUGGUUCUUUGAAAAAAAAAAGAAGAAAAAGAGAAGCUACCGAGCGAAGCCAUCAUUCCGUUAAAGUUCCAUUUGAUUUUAAGAAGUAUAUCUCACAAACGCGUGCGAACUUUUACGUGUAGGAAAUUUUUUUUCGUAAUAAAUACAGACUACUCAUUUCAGUAUCGCAAAUAGUUAGAAGAUAGUUCCUCGGAGAGGGGUUCUGCGGCGGACUCGCGCGGAGCGCAAACGGUUAAUUAACGCGCGACUCGCGACUUCUCCCUGGCGCCUUUCAGUCAUAAAUAUUCGGAGUCUGUCCAGUCAACAAUCGUCUAUAUUGGUGUCAUUUUUCGAUAACUGUCUAAUCAAUAUAUCGACUCGAGGAUGAAGCUGCAGACGACUGCGCAUUGUUUUCGUGUAGUUUCGCUGCGACCUUAUUAUUACCGCUCGCGGCAUUCCACGAGAAAUGUUCCUAAAAAAAAGUUUGUAACAUAUCGUACACGGUCCACUUAUACGUGCACGGAUACACACACACACAUGCGCACACAAACACACACACACACACAUGAGGUAUACACGCAACACACACGAAGCGUGCGUGGGCGCGCACACGUCCGACACGCGAAAUUACACGCGUCACGUUGUGUCGAGAGGGCAAGAUUAAAAAUUAAGUGGAAAUGCAUACCGGACGAGCGUAACAUAGUUUUAAGCAAGGGUCACGUAUUGUACGUAUGUGUUGUACAUAGCCUAAAUAAAAAUUACAUUUAAAAUUA